AAUGCGUAUCAUUCACUGCUAGGGUUUUUCAGGCGGCCGAGGAAAAGCAAUGGUGAAGUUUCUGAAGCCAAACAAAGCCGUGAUUCUCCUGCAGGGCCGUUACGCCGGCCGGAAAGCUGUGAUCGUCAAGUCCUUCGACGAUGGGACCCGGGACAGGCCCUACGGACACUGCCUGGUGGCCGGAAUUUCCAAGUACCCGAAGAAGGUGAUCCGCAAGGACUCGCAGAAGAAGCAAGCGAAGAAAUCCAGGGUUAAAUGCUUCGUGAAGCUCGUCAAUUACAAUCACAUCAUGCCGACCCGUUAUACCCUCGACGUCGACCUCAAGGACGUUGUCACUCCCGAUGUUCUUCAGGCCAGGGACAAGAAGGUCACCGCCGCUAAGGAAACCAAGUCGCGCUUCGAGGAGAGGUUCAAGUCCGGUAAAAACCGCUGGUUCUUUACCAAGCUAAGGUUCUAGAGAGUAUUGUUUUUUUUUUGUUUCCAGAGAUCCGACCCGGAUAAGAACCUUGUACGGGUUGUUACUUUGAUUUUGGUGUACCCGCUUAUUAUUAUUAUUAUUACUGGUAGUUGAUGAUGUUAAUCUUAAGUGAGAUGACCAGACGGUGGUGUAUGAUUUUGGUUUUAAAUUACUGCAUAAUUUUGAGAACGAAUGUAUCUUACCUCCCUCCGUUCUUUGCCUUGAAUGGUGGAUGUUGAUUGCGUUUAAUUGUGCUAGCUUUUUAUUUGAUGUGAUGGACCUGCAUAUUGAUUCUGCUGGUUGCAGUGUGUACCAGUGUUCUAAUGUUGUGUUAAUUGCUUAUAGAAUCUAUGGUUUGGUAUUCUGCUGAGGGGCUGUGCCUAUAAACAUGUUAUGUGAGAUUGGUUGCUUUAAUCUGUGCUCCAUUGUUUUUUGUUACAAUUGGUUAGGGGUGUUUGCAUUAGUUGAGGGAUGUUUACAUGUUGGUAGCUGUAAGACAAUAGCUUGUGCUGUCAUUCUGUGCCAGGGUAUAUUAUUCAGUACUGAGUCUUAUGGUUGUAAAUGAACUGCAUUUCUUCGGUUGUGGACUAAAAUUGGAGUGGAAUUUUCAAUAGCGAUGGUUGUGUAUGAUUAUGUCAGAAUAUGCGUUCUUUGGUUAUUAGAGCCGGUUAUACUUGUUUUGAGCUCCUGCCAUUAAUGAUAUGAUUCGCCUCUUUGUGGUAUUGCUGAAGACAUCCUUUUGCUUGUUUCUGAGGAAUGAAUUUAUGUUCCUAUCUCGUUAUUUGUGAAUUAUAAUUUGAAAAAAAGUUAUUUUGAAGAAUCUGAUUAUCCAUUAUGGUCUCAGAACUGCAGAAG